UGUUGUCUCCCGAGAUUUGGUGUGUCUCAUUCUCUCUUUGGCCUUUCUCUAUAUAAAGUUCACAGGUCGAGAGAGACAAGGGACACCACUUAAACGAUCAGACAGUUGAUUAGAAAGAGAACUGUCGGAAAAUGGACGAUAUCAACCAAGAGUUCAACAAUUACUGGGAACCCAGCUCCUUCCUCCAAAACAAAGAGUUUGAAUACGACAGCUGGCCGUUGGAGGAAGCUAUCUCUGGGUCGUAUGAUUCGAGUUCUCCUGAUGGUGCGGCCUCGUCCCCGGCUUCAAAGAAUAUUGUGUUGGAGAGAAACAGAAGGCAAAAGCUUAACCAGAGGCUCUUUGCUCUUCGAUCUGUUGUUCCUAAUAUCACUAAGAUGGAUAAAGCAUCAAUAAUCAAAGAUGCUAUAAGUUACAUACAAGGGUUACAAUUUGAUGAAACGAAGCUUGAAUCCGAGAUCAGAGAACUUGAAUCUACACCAAAGAGUAGCUUGAGUUUCGGUAAAGAUUUUGAUCGUGAUCUACUGGUUCCUGUCACAUCCAAGAGGAUGAGGCAGCUUGAUUCUGGCUAUUCCCGUUCUCUCAUAGAAGUUCUUGAAUUUAAGGUAACAUUCAUGGGAGAGAGGACAAUGGUGGUGAAUGUAACAUGUAAUAAGAGGACAGACACAAUGGUGAAACUGUGUGAAGUUUUUGAGUCAUUGAAUCUAAAAAUCAUCACUUUCAAUCUCAACUCUUUCUCCGGCAUGAUCUUCAACACUCUCUUCAUUGAGGCAGAUGAAGAAGAACAAGAUGUGUUGAGGUUGAAAAUAGAAUCAGGAAUAGGAGCUUAUAAUGGAGCUCAGAGCCCCACUUGGAGCAUGGAGUCUAUAUACUAAAAAGUUUGUAUUUUUUAUUCUCUCUUUACAAAGAAAAAAAUAGUAUGUUUUUUUUUUCAUUUUCUCCUCCCUUCGUUUUGUUUUUCCAUCACGAAGACUUCUUUGCGUUUAUGCAAUGUCUAUAAUAAUCGUACGCAUUGUUUUUUUGUUUUUGUUAAUUUUUAUUUAAUUUUGGGGGAGGGGGGAAUGGUAUG